GAUGUGUAAGCAUAUUUUUUUGGUUAGCUGCGUAACUAAGCUGCUCUUUUCUCCUCGCGCUUCUGUCCCUGUUUCUCAGCAAGAAAGACUUGAUGCCCAACAUGAUAACCAAGACCUUCUUUGCCGUAAGCUGUUAGAAAGUGCGGACCAAAACGUUCGUACCUUACUUGCCAAGUAUAAUGAAAAGAUCAGGCAAUUGAAGGAUAAUCGAGAAGGUUUAUGUAAUCUGGUAAGCUCAUUAAAGCAAUCUAUAUCAAUUGUAGAAAACGUCUGUUAUGUAUCCCAAUCAUAACCUGCAAGACAG